CACAGAUGAUUUAAGCUCUGUCCCCCCCCUCAACCCCGCCGCCAUGGCACCUUGGCUUGCUGCCAAGCGCUCAUCUAAUCAGCUCUUGAGGAUUGCCACUACCGUUAGUCACUCGAAUACUGCACCGGCAACAACAGCUCGACUCAUUCAUAAACCAAAAGUGAUGGCAGACUCAAUGUCCAUCAAACAUACGAUCCUCCGCAAUGGCACGCCGCAGGAGGUUGCCAGUUACCUCAAGGAGGUUCGAGCCAACGCUGCCGAUCCGACAUCCAUCACGUACAAUCUCCAUGAAGCGGUCGUCCGAGGUUCCAUCCCGCACAGCAUCUUCCCAAUCUGGAUCCCUAUAUCUGACGAUGCAAAGUCGAUCGUGGCAGCACUCAAUCAAUCCGGGAGCACCUCCGAAAGACGUGCGGCUAUGAGGGCAUUUCUCAAGGCCAUGCGAUCAGAGGACACGAUGAUUCCCGUAUGGAAUGCGGCAGGCGGUGCUCAAGGUGUCGCAACCCUCAUGAGUAACCUCAGCGUCAAGGAGGUCAAGAUGCUAUGCAAUGGCCUCGCCAGGACAGCCUCCCUUCCCCACGGACGAUCGCAGCGACGAGCCAAAUUGACAGAGUUGAUCGCCAUCCUCGGCGCCGGAACCCCAGUCCCCAAAGAAAACCCAGAUGCGAGGCCGCUGUUAUCCCACUACAGGAGAAUCCUGCCGGCGUGCACCACCGAUCGAGUAGCCGAGCAUGAAGGGACAUCGCCCAAAUGGACAGCGAGGCAGCGUUCGAAUUUGCUUCGCACCCACCCAACAUUCUACGAGACCAAGUUCCUGGAUUCCAUCUUUUCGAAUGGAGAAUCUCCUACUGCCGAAUUCGAUGGCGAUACGUUCACGCAGCUUAUCAACAACAACUUUGGCUUCGCCAAAGACAUGCUCCUCAAGUAUCUCGACGUCGGGGCUGAGCUCCCUGUUACGCCAGACGUGUUCAUUAAUCAGAUUGCUUUGCCCAUUGUGAAACGUUUGCGACGACGCAGAACAGGCGUUCAGCAGCAUCUUCCAUUGGAGAUUCUUGAGCUGCUCGUCCGCCUGAUUAGCAGACAUUCCGACCUCCAGACGAUGCUGGACGAUAGCCUUGUCGGUGUCAUGUUCUAUGUCAUCAAAUUCUGGGAGCAUACCCGUUCGACGCGACCUCAAGUUGAGCAGCACUUGGUCGAGCUUUUGGAACUCACGCCUGAGACAGAGUGGCAAUCAGCAAAACAGAUCAUUCCGCAUCUACAGGCUGUCAAUCCGGCCGUAUCCUACCGAUUAUUUCGGCUCAUGCUCCGGCAUCUACCUGCCUUCAAACUCGAUAUCGACGACGCUAUAGACAACAAAGACAUCUCUCUCGAGAAGAUCAAGGGACCGUGGCCAGCGAGAUUCUUCGUCACAACGCUUGCGCGUGAUGACCGGCUUGCUUCUCUCCGCUUAGUCCAGCGCUUGAUGAUUGCUUUCCCUGACGGACGUUUUCUGGAGUUUUCAUAUGGCAGAGAAAGUUCCAUCUUUGAGCAUGAGCAAAACUCUGAUUCAGUCCAGGGUGACGCGCUAGCACUCGAAGCCUUUCUUUGGCGAAGUUCACCAACUUCGAGCCCCCUCGACCCAAGUCACUAUAGCAAGAUAGACACAGAUCUGGAGAGGCGCAGAAGGAAAGCAUCUUCAAGUCGUGAUUGGGAAAGUCGAGCCUUGUGGGCUCAGUCAGCACUCGACCUCUCUAUUGCGGCGGGCUCCUUGGAUCUCUAUGCAGAGAACCUGCUUUGGGCGAGACGCUUCAACAAAGACGUGUUUGCGGUGAAGAAACUUUACGACGAACAAUCCCUGCAGACCGCCGAGGGCUUAGACUUACUCAGCGGUAUUGACGUGACUUCUCAUGCCGGCAAGCCACAGUUUGAUCCCGCAACAUCUAUCCGAUCUGCGAAUAAGAUCAUGAUGCAGCUGCUAGAAACCGCAGCAAUGGCCCUCAGAGAACCCAGCUUCCAGAUUUAUGAUUGGCGCGAUGUCAUUGAAUUGCCUACGGCAGUAAUCAAAAGACGAUUUCAACUGGUCAAUGAGUUUCAAGAUGCUCGAAAGCUGACCGAUGCCGAGAUCUACAAGGUCCUUUGGCAGCCAACCUUGGACUUUCUGAUUGAGGUAGAGACUUUCAUGCUUCAUCCUAGCCAUAACAAGCUCUACCCCCUCGGAUCAGAUGGGCUGUACAUGGUAGGGGAUUGUUUCGGGAGCCGUGAGAAGCGGCCCCAUGUCUUCAAGUUCGUGGACGGGCUCGCCAAGGCACGCGACGAGUUGUGGCAAAAGCAUCGUCCUCAGCGUUUCCCCUCCGUCCUCACUCUAGGUGAACCUUGGCCAAAAGGAUUGCCAGUACAGUCAAUGUUGCCACGCAGCUUCUUCGGCCUGGAGGAUAUCGAUGCCAUGCCUUACGUUCGAGAGCGGAUCGAGAAGGUUGUCUUCGGAGCUCCCGAGGUCUUGCUCAAAGAGCCCCCGAAUGAUGUAGAAUCUCAGCAGGCUAUAGGUCAGUUUGUGGAUGAAUACAGCUUUGCAUUGAAAGCAUACAUCAGAACAGGGGAAGGAAGCUCUCAGCAAGAAGAGCGCACCCGCAAAGCCUGGCGUCAUGCAGUUGACAGCCUCAGCGGAGCGAGAAUGACGAAAGACGAAGCCCUACGUCUCUGGAAAAAACGUUUCGAACGCAUGUAUUUUCCAUUGCCGAAAGAUAUCAAGGCAGAGUUCCCGCGAAGAAUCCCGCCUUCGAUUCCCGACGUCGAGGAUCCAGAAACGCCAACAGAAUGGAACCCGGAUCCCGGUUACACCGAGUUUGGAGAGAUCGGUGGCAAGAAGAUUCCUGGGGCGAUCAUAGACAACGUGAUAGAACGGGGACAACCUUGUUUGGGAGGGGAUUCGACUUGGAUGACGCCUACUUGGUCAGAUGCAGAGGAAGUUCCGCCCAGACACAGUCCCGACUUCUGGGAUGCUAGUCAAUUCUCACUACCUCUGCCAAGGAAAAAUGUGGAUGCAUACUUCGCGUCCCUUCUCCUCGCUCUCAACACCAUCCAUGGCUCCGACAGCUCGGUCUUGAAGCACCCAUUUCCAUCACAGGCCGAUGUUCGAUAUCCGGCACUUUACUUGGAUCAGGACUUCCUCGAGACUAUUGAAGAAGCCUUUUUCUACGGCAACGAGGCCCAGGUAGAGCACAUGAUCAAGUCUGGUCCACCAGCACUGCUUGUACCGGUCGUGCAAUCAAUCCUUCAGAACGUAGCUGUCAGCGAGAAUUCGGAGUCUCCAACGCAUGCACGCAUCCAACUGGCUAUGAAGCUUAUCAAAGUGUUGGCAGACAGCGACCACCCAUCUCUUGCUUUCCCCUUCAUCAGAGAUGUUGUUCUCAACAGACCAGGCGAUAGCGCCUGGCACAGAGAACUUCUCACCAAAGCAUUCUUCAACGCCAUCCCUCCUCAGGAAGCGAAAAAACUUCUCGGUAUGAUAUCGAUUGGCAUACAGGAGAAGCUUGAGGAGCAGCAGGCCAGAUACAAGAAGGCCAAAGAGGAGGGCGGUGAGUUAGCUGCGCGGUCCCCACCAGCGGUCAAAGUUACGACGGUCAAGAUGCUGGCAACGCUUCUGAGCAAUGCGCCGUUCUUGGACGUCAAAUCAACUGUUGAUAUCCUUUCUGGUCUUUUGACCAAAGCCCAGCACAUCGAUAUCCGGGUGGCGAUCAUUCAGACCAUGUUCGACACCCUAGAAGCUGAGACAGCUUCGCCCGAUGUGAAGAACCGGAUUCUGGGGGUCAUUGAAGACCUCGCUGUGCCACUCGCAGCAUCUCUUGAUGAGCUUCAUCCAAUGACAGAGGAUGAUUGGACGCAAGCAGAAGCUGAUGGUGCUCUACCCGAAGUGGCCAAUGCGAAUGAUCGAUCUGCAGCUCCUAUCCGGUCUCUGUUCUACAAUUUGGAGAUAAAGCUCUGCAACGACCCUGUAUCCAAAGCAAAGCUGGUCGGUAUCACGGAUCGAUUGAUAUUGCAGUCCGCAGAGAACAACAGACGGUGGUUAGAGUUGUUUCUCAAGAAGAAUGGCUUCUCGUUGCCUCCUGGAGAGAGCUUCCCACUCUCGCCAGUCGACCCCGCCAUGCUCAAGAUCUUUCAGAGAACCCGGGAGUAUUUCUCGCGACCCAUGCUUGAGAUGCUAAGCCGGUACGCUCUUGCCAACGUUCGACCCUCUCCCGGCAUGGUAGCCAUCACGAAGAAGAUCGAAAGCAACGCUACGCUAGCCAGCUCGAAUGCAGGAAGGCACUGGUUGCAGCUAUUUAGCGGAAAUGAGAGAACGAUGGUUUUUGGCGAUUGGACCUACUGCUUGGAGCAGAUGCAUUUGCCUCAUAUGAGCAAAGACGUUGCCAACCCGAACGACCGUAUUACCGUUGACAUGCUCCAACGUUUUGCAAAAGACUUUGCAGAUGGGCUUAUCAGUCAUGGAGACCCUUCUUACGUUGAGGCGCUGCUCAGGCACAAGUCUGAGGCGAUGAUGAGGGAGAAAAGUCCAGAGACGCUGAAAAGCUGGCAAAUGACAACGCAGCCGGUGCUACGAUCGGUCAUCGCGAGAGUCGAGGAGUUACGCACUCCUUCAUGGCAGUACGACCCGAAGCGAGAGCCCAAGGUUCUACCAGACCCAUUCCGCCUAAGAGUGGCCAUGCUGGCUGUCCCUCCUGGAGGUGCUGACAUGGAUGCUUUGUUCGCCAAAGAGAUUUCGGCAUUGAUUGACGAGUUGGCCAACGGACAUGCCAUGUACCACAGCCAUUGGAUACAUCUGAAGCACCAGCUGGCACGUAACUAUUCCGUUUGGGCGCCACGCCUUGUUCACGUCGCCAUCAUUCUGGGCGAUCUCUCAAACGUCAACGUCGAAAAUCCCACGCUGGCAGAUUACUUGCGAGUCGAAACGGCCAGGGACCUCAUAAAGCAGGCUGAAAACCCCAAGGUCAGAAAUGAUAUCAACAAGUUGAAGGAGAUUCUGCGCACCUGGGAAGAGUCCCCUGUCGAAGAUUUCAGAAGUUACCAGAGGGAUGUCGCCACACUACCGCUCUUCGAUGAGUACCUAGCCGUCACAUUUUUAUUCGCUCGUCGAAACCGGUGAGUUGGAGUGGGUAGGUGAGGACUCCGGCGAGGAUGAGAACACGACAAGCGUCUACGGGCAAACCUAUUUGUAAUUUACACCACACUUUGCACCUUUAAAAUCUGUACACUAUAGCUCGGCAGAAA